AUGCCACGCGUGCAUACGUUGUGGGCGUUCCAGGCGCAGCCCGUCACACGCGAGCGCCGCCAUCGCAGCCAGCGCGGAUCCACCAGUCACGAGCCAUGGGAGCACUUUCCCGACGAUAUCGAUGAUAUCGAGCAUGGCGCGACGCACGACGGUACGGCAGACUCUCGCCCUACCAGCGAUGCGCCGCAAGCGCAUAUGCGGCACGCCUCCAUCCUUGCCGAGCAAGCCGAGGACCGGCGCUGGCUGCGCUCGACCAAUGUGGUUGCGCGCGCUGGCUCGACCCAGCAUACCGCGGAGCUGCGUACGCAGCUGCGCAUCUUCCAGGAAGCGCACCGCGCCGCGCGCGGCGAGCAUUUGCCGUGGCGCGGCGAGGUUGCCGAGAAUGCGCGCCUCCUGCGCGUCCUUCGUGGCCUCCCUCCCCUCGGCACCAGCGCCGAUGCGGACCAGCUGAGCGACUGGGAGGAAGCGUUCGAGCACGCCAAAAUGCAGCGUGUGCGGUACGGCGAGAAGGAUAUCGUGCAGAUCGGCAAGCAGCGCACACUGCUCGAGGAGGAGAUGAGCCACCACGAGGAUGAAAUACAGCGGCACCUUGCGAUGGGCUUUGCUGACCCGUUCGCACCGUCAGAUUCCUCCGCGAUGCUGCACAGUGCAGGGGAAUGGGCCGACCGCGCGUCUUUUUCGACCACGACCAGCGUACAGCUGCCGCCGCAGCGCUGGGUUCCCCAUGCAGACCGGCAAAGCGCCGCUGCAGCACUGGACGCGAUCGCGCGUGCGCAGCAUGAGACGGAUCUCGAUGCGGAUAUAGAAGAUAUGGACUAG